AUGACGGAUAGUGAUAAGAAACCAAUGUCACGCUUAUUGAAGCUCGCCAAUAAAUUUAACUGCUUCUACUUGUCAGGUUUUCAUGCAGGUGAAUGCAGAGCCUUUGUUGUCGAUGGACAACAAGUUGGUCUUGUACGUCCAGAUGUAAUGAAAGAAUUAUUAAAUUUUCCUCAGGUAUUUCAAAUACAUCCUGAAUAUGUGCAACUAAAUCCUGCAUUCAGAGACUAUGCAGAGAGAAGUGCUCGGGUUGAGGAAGUUCUAAGAGAAUGGCGUGAAGGUGGAAAGUUUAUAACGUUAAGAGGAUGGAGAGAAGAAUGUUAUGAAGUACGUGCACAAUUCAAUACCCCACCAUUAUUUAAAAUGGACCGGUCUGCUACAUGCUUAUUUGGAAUUCGCAAAUAUGGAGUAGAUAUUAAUGGAUAUGUUAUGGAUCCUGUGAAAGGUUUAUCAAUAUGGUUACAGAAACGUAGCCCAAAUAAGCAGACUUGGCCUGGAUAUUGGGAUAAUAUGGUGAGCGGUGGAUUGAGUGUUGGUUAUGGUAUUAAUGAAACUGCUAUAAAAGAAGCUGGUGAAGAGGCCAGUAUUCCCAAUAAUUUAAUUGCAAAACUAAAGAGUACUGGUUGUAUAUCCCUAUUUUUCGAAAAUGAAAGGGGUUUGUUUCCCAACACAGAGUUUGUGUUUGACCUUGAAUUACCUCCAGAUUUCAUACCAAGCAAUAAUGAUGGAGAAGUAGAGACUUUUGAAUUGCUUCCAGUUAAUGAAUGUUUAGAAAGGAUACUAUCUUCACAUUUUAAAACGACGUCAGUACCAGUUGCUCUUGACUUUUUAAUUAGACAUGGAUAUAUUACAGCAGAAAAUGAGCCUAAUUUUAUAGAAAUCGUGGAAUUGCUUCAUGUACCUCUGCAAACCAUAUACAAUCAACCACAAAAAAAGUGUAAAUUAGCCGCAAAUGGUGAAGCAAUCGAAACUUUAGACAGAAUUUAA